UUUAUGUGGUCGGGAGAAGGGUAGCGGCUUCGCGAAGGAAGCGUGGAGAUGCGCUGCUGAAAGAAGAGUCGUCUCCGAAGGGCGACGCGCUGGCGUAGGCGGCGCCAGGCCUUGUGACAAGCCCGGAGCCGAAGGAGGCGGCGCCGCCGAGGCUGAAGCGGCUGGGAGAGGGAGUAGAGCAGCUGUCUCCGCCUCGCAGUCUUUCUGCCUGCUAUCGCCGCUGCGGCCGGAAUGGCGCUGAGCUUGACGGUUAACCCCGGGGACCCUCCUCUCGGAGCCUUGCUGACUGCAGAGCACGUGAAGGAUCAUGUUAAAAUUUCGGUUGAAGAAGGCAAAGAGACCAUCUUACGAGUAUCUGAUCAAGUUGCAUUCACUGAUGUGAAUUCCAUAGCUCGCUAUCUGGCCAGAAUUGCUACGUCUGCUGGCUUGUAUGGAUCUAAUUUACUGGAGCAUACUGAGAUUGAUCAUUGGCUGGAAUUUGGCACCACAAAGCUGUCCACUUCAGCCUGCUUUGCUUCAGCAGUUCAAGAGCUAAAUCACUCCCUUUCUCUGAGGACCUACUUGGUUGGAAACUCUUUGAGUCUUGCAGAUUUCAUUAUCUGGGCAACACUAAAAGGCAACAAUGCAUGGCAAGAGCAGUUACUUCAGGGUAAUGCUCCUGUUCACAUAAAACGCUGGUACAACUUUCUUGAGGCACAAGGCAUUUUUCAAUCAGUAGGUGCCAGAUGGACUGCGGGAGCUGCUAUUCCAAAAGCUAAAGUGGCAGCAGAUAAGAAACAAGAUGUUGGGAAAUUUGUGGAGCUCCCUGGUGCAGAAAUGGGAAAGGUCAUUGUUAGAUUUCCUCCUGAGGCAAGCGGAUACUUGCACAUUGGUCAUGCUAAAGCUGCUCUGCUGAAUCAGCACUACCAGGUCAACUUCAAGGGUAAACUGAUAAUGAGAUUUGAUGAUACAAAUCCAGAAAAAGAAAAAGAAGACUUUGAAAAGGUUAUCCUGGAAGAUGUUGCUAUGCUGCACAUAAAACCAGAUCAAUUUACAUAUACAUCUGAUCAUUUUGAAACUAUAAUGAAAUAUGCUGAGAAGCUCAUUCAGGAUGGAAAGGCUUAUGUAGAUGACACGCCCGCAGAACAAAUGAAAAUGGAGCGAGAACAGAGAAUAGAGUCGAAGCACAGAAAUAACUCUGUUGCCAAGAACCUGCAAAUGUGGGAGGAAAUGAAAAAGGGAACAGAAUAUGGACAGACGUGCUGUCUACGAGCAAAAAUUGACAUGAGCAGUAAUAAUGGGUGUAUGAGGGACCCGACUCUUUAUCGUUGCAAAAACCAGCCACACCCACGUACUGGGAAUAAAUACAAUAUUUAUCCAACAUACGACUUUGCCUGCCCUAUAGUUGACAGUAUUGAAGGUGUCACCCAUGCAUUAAGAACAACAGAAUACCAUGAUAGAGAUGAGCAGUUUUACUGGAUCAUUGAAGCCUUGGAGAUACGGAAACCAUAUAUCUGGGAGUACAGCCGUUUAAACCUCAAUAACACUGUGCUGUCUAAAAGAAAACUCACUUGGUUUGUCAAUGAAGGACUAGUGGAUGGCUGGGAUGAUCCAAGAUUCCCAACUGUGCGUGGUGUACUGAGAAGAGGCAUGACAGUUGAAGGAUUGAAACAGUUUAUUGCUGCACAGGGUUCUUCUCGAUCAGUUGUAAACAUGGAAUGGGAUAAAAUUUGGUCCUUUAACAAAAAGCUGCGAGCUAUCUGUAAGAAGGUUAUAGAUCCAGUGGCACCUCGCUACACUGCUUUGCUAAAGGAUAAAGUAAUCACAGUGAAUGUUCCUGAAGCUCAAGAAGAGGUGAAAGAAGUUGCCAAGCAUCCAAAGAAUGCUGAAGUUGGCUUGAAGCCAGUGUGGUACAGUCCCAAAGUGCUGAUUGAAGGAGCAGAUGCAGACACACUGACAGAAGGAGAGACUGUUACCUUUAUUAAUUGGGGCAACAUGAUCAUCACCAAAAUACACAAGAACUUUGCUGGCCAAAUUACAUCAAUCGAUGCUAAGCUAAAUUUGGAGAAUAAGGACUACAAAAGAACUGCUAAGAUUACCUGGCUGGCAGAAACUCCUCAUGGCCCUCCUAUCCCAACUAUCUGCGUUAACUAUGAACACUUGAUCACCAAACCUGUCCUAGGCAAAGAGGAAGAUUUCAAGCAGUAUGUCAACAGAAAUAGCAAGCAAGAAGAACUGAUGUUAGGAGAUCCUUGCCUGAAAGAUCUGAAAAAAGGGGACAUCAUACAGCUUCAAAGAAGAGGCUUUUAUAUUUGUGAUCAACCAUAUGAGUCCAUUAGCCCAUAUAGCUGUAAAGAAGCACCAUGCAUUUUGAUUUAUAUCCCUGAUGGUCAUACAAAAGAAAUGCCAACUUCUGGCUCUAAGGAGAAGACUAAGGCAGAAACUGUAAAGAGAGAGACUAGUACUGCACUGAAAGGACCCACUCCUUCGCUUGUGGCUGGUGUUUCUCCUGAUGCAGCCUCUUCUUCAGCCGAGGACCACAUAGCCCUUUACAACAGAGUGUCUGCUCAAGGUGAUGUGGUUCGUGACCUGAAAUCAAAGAAGGUGGCAAAGGAAGAUAUAGACACUGCUGUGAAACAGCUGUUGGCCUUGAAAACAGAAUAUAAGGAGAAGACUGGUCAAGACUACAAGCCUGGAAAUUCUCCAGUAGCAGCUGUUCAGGUCCAGCCUUCCAAGUGUGAGGCUGCUACCACCAAUUCAGACAGUAAAGCACUUUAUAAUAAUGUAGCUGAGCAAGGGGAAGUGGUCCGAAAAUUGAAAGCGGAAAAGGCACACAAGGAUCAGAUAGAUGCUGCUGUGAAAGUUCUUCUAGCUCUGAAAGCAGAAUAUAAGCAAAAAACGGGCCAGGAAUACAAGCCUGGAAGCCCACCAAAGAGUUUCCUCCCUAGUGCAACUCCUCCUGCUCUUCCUCCCUCCACAUCCCUCUGUCCAGUAGUCAGCAAAGCUCUUUACAGUAAAGUAGCUGAACAAGGCGAAGUGGUCCGUAGACUUAAGGUGGAGAAAGUGUCAAAGGAUCAGAUAGAUGCUGCUGUGAAAGUCCUUCUUGCUCUAAAGGCAGAAUAUAAACAAAAAACAGGUCAUGACUAUAAACCAGGAAAUCCACCUGCAGUUCCUCCUUCCUCUUCCACCUCUUCUUCCUCCUCCUCUUGUAAUUCUGCUUCUUCUCCUCCAUCCUGCAAUGGUUUGAUAUCGUCUGUCCCAGUAGACAGAAAAGCUCUGUACAAUAAGGUAGCUGAACAAGGCGAGGUGGUACGGAAACUCAAAGCAGAAAAAGUUUCCAAGGAUAAAGUAGAUGAAGCUGUAAAACUCCUCCUUUCCCUGAAAGCAGAGUAUAAAGAAAAGACUGGUCAGGACUAUAAGCCAGGGCAGCCACCACCACCUCAGGCAUCUACCUUCAAUCAGCUACCAAGUACAGAAUGCAGUGGCCCUGACACACCGGAAGCAAAAGUUCUCUUUACCAAGGUUGCUCUGCAAGGAGAGGAGGUCCGGAAACUAAAAGCCGAGAAGGCAGAAAAGGAUAAAAUUGAUGGUGCAGUGCAAGAACUCCUUCAGUUGAAGGCGCAGUACAAAUCACUGGCGGGAGUGGAUUAUAAACCCGUCUCUGCUACUGGUGCAGAGGAUAAAGACAAGAAGAAGAAGGAGAAAGAGAACAAAUCUGAAAAGCAGAACAAGCAACAGAAACAGAAUGAAGAUCAGAAGAAAGAAGCACAGAAAGAUCAAGGUGGUAAUAGCAACCUGUCUUCAAAUGGACCAGGAGAAGGUCAAGGACCUAAGAAGCAAACCAGAUUGGGUCUAGAGGCUAAGAAGGAAGAAAAUCUAGCUGAAUGGUAUUCUCAGGUGAUCACAAAAUCAGAGAUGAUUGAAUACUAUGAUGUGAGUGGCUGCUACAUUCUCCGUCCAUGGGCUUUUUCUAUCUGGGAAGACAUCAAGAACUUCUUUGAUAGUGAAAUCAAGAAACUUGGAGUGGAGAACUGCUAUUUCCCCAUGUUUGUGUCCCAGGCUGCAUUAGAAAAAGAGAAGACACACAUUGCUGACUUUGCCCCAGAGGUUGCAUGGGUUACAAAGUCUGGCAAAACCGAACUGGCUGAACCAAUAGCUGUACGUCCUACUAGUGAAACAGUAAUGUAUCCUGCAUAUGCAAAGUGGGUUCAGUCACAUAGGGAUCUGCCAAUCAAACUUAAUCAGUGGUGCAAUGUGGUGCGCUGGGAGUUCAAACAUCCACAACCCUUCUUGCGUACUCGUGAAUUCCUGUGGCAGGAAGGUCAUACAGCAUUUUCAACUUAUGAGGAAGCAGCAGAAGAGGUAUUGCAGAUUCUUGAUCUGUAUGCUCGUAUAUACGAAGAACUUCUGGCAAUCCCUGUUGUGAAAGGAAGGAAGACUGAAAAAGAGAAGUUUGCAGGUGGCGAUUAUACAACCACCGUAGAGGCAUUUAUAUCUGCCAGUGGGCGAGGUAUCCAGGGAGCAACGUCUCAUCACUUGGGACAGAAUUUCUCAAAAAUGUUUGAGAUUGUCUUUGAAGAUCCCAGAAUACCAGGAGAGAAACAGUUUGCUUAUCAGAACUCUUGGGGCCUCACAACUCGGACCAUUGGCGUAAUGACUAUGAUUCAUGGAGAUAACACUGGUUUAGUCCUACCACCUAGGGUAGCUUGUGUUCAGGUUGUGAUUAUUCCCUGUGGUAUCACUAAUUCACUUUCGGAAGAAGACAAAGAGGCCCUGGUGACAAAAUGUAAUGAAUACCUUAAGCGAUUGCUCAGUGCUAACAUCCGUGCGCGUGCUGACUUGAGAGAGAAUUAUUCACCUGGCUGGAAAUUCAAUCACUGGGAACUUAAGGGUGUUCCAAUCAGGCUUGAAGUGGGGCCACGAGAUAUGAAAAAUCAUCAGUUUGUAGCUGUGAGACGAGACACAGGGGAGAAGCUGUCUUUAGCUGAAAAUGAAGCAGUGAACCAGCUUAGACACAUUUUGGAGGAGAUCCACACUAAUCUUUACAACAGAGCUGCGGAAGACCUUAAGAGUCAUAUGGUGGUGGCCAAUACAAUGGAAAGCGUUCAGAAGGAGCUUGAUUCAGGAAAGAUAGUGCAGAUUCCUUUCUGUGGAGAAAUAGAAUGUGAAGACUGGAUCAAGAAAACCACUGCCAGAGAUCAAGACCUUGAACCAGGUGCUCCAUCCAUGGGGGCAAAAAGUCUCUGCAUCCCCUUCAAACCUCUGUGUGAGCUGCAGAAUGGAGCAAAAUGUGUCUGCAACAAGAAUCCUGCCAAGUUCUACACUCUCUUUGGCCGUAGUUACUAAGCUGCUAGUUGGAAAUCCCAUGUUCCUUCUCUUUCAGAUCCUCAACUUUUUAAAAUAAAGACUGAAAUCUUCCCA